AUUCAGGUCACAUGAUAUGACCAUGGCAGCGGCAGCAGCAGCAGCAUCCCUGCUUAUCUGAAACAUCUAGUGGAGGAGAGAAAAAAAGAGAGAGAAGGAGAAAGUGAGAAAGAAAAGCAGAACCUCUGAGCCAGCCACACUGCACCGGUGUCAGGAGAGAAAAGUGCGUGUGGUAGGGGAAGCCACCGCUCGGGAGCAUAUUUACAGACAAAGAAAGAUUCAUGUUCAAAGGGUCAGCAGACAACAAGAUUGAGGCAGCUAUGUCUGAGUUGGUGCCGGAGCCCCGGCAAAAACCAGCAGUGCCAAUGAAACCUGUUGGCAUUAACUCUAACCUGCUGGGCUACAUUGGGAUCGACACCAUCAUUGAGCAGAUGCGCAAGAAGACCAUGAAGACUGGCUUUGACUUCAACAUCAUGGUUGUAGGUCAAAGUGGGCUGGGGAAAUCAACACUGGUGAACACUCUCUUCAAAUCCCAAGUUAGCCGCAAGUCUUCAGGCUGGAACCGUGAGGAGAAGAUCCCUAAGACAGUGGAGAUCAAAGCCAUUGGGCAUGUCAUUGAAGAAGGCGGUGUCAAGAUGAAACUGACGGUAAUUGACACCCCAGGGUUUGGUGACCAGAUCAACAAUGAGAAUUGCUGGGAGCCCAUUGAGAAAUACAUCAAUGAGCAAUAUGAAAAAUUCCUGAAAGAGGAAGUGAAUAUUGCAAGGAAGAAACGAAUCCCAGACACGAGAGUCCACUGCUGCCUCUACUUCAUCUCCCCCACGGGUCACUCCUUGCGACCCCUGGACCUAGAGUUCAUGAAACAUCUCAGCAAAGUAGUAAACAUCAUCCCUGUUAUCGCUAAGGCAGACACCAUGACCCUGGAAGAGAAGACUGAGUUCAAACAAAGGGUGCGCAAAGAAUUGGAGGUGAAUGGGAUCGAGUUUUACCCCCAGAAAGAGUUUGAUGAGGACCUGGAGGAUAAAACAGAGAAUGACAAAAUCAGGCAGGAAAGCAUGCCGUUUGCAGUGGUGGGCAGCGACAAGGAAUACCAAGUAAAUGGCAAAAGAAUCCUGGGCAGGAAAACUCCCUGGGGUGUCAUUGAAGUGGAAAACCUCAAUCACUGUGAAUUUGCCCUACUUCGAGACUUUGUCAUCAGGACCCACCUCCAAGACCUAAAAGAAGUGACGCACAACAUCCACUAUGAGACUUACAGGGCCAAGCGGCUGAAUGACAACGGGGGGCUCCCCCCAGUGACCACCGAGACAGAGGAGAACCACGAAAGUAAUCUGUGAAUCACUCCUCCCACUGUCUCGAUAUUACAACCCGUCCCAGCUACCCUUGACUUUACUGUAGGCCUGUCUCCAAAGCAUGUGGCACAUCCUCUGUGUAUGUAUGGGAGAAGGAGCGGGGUCGUACCUUUCUCCUUCCUAGAAUGUCGUCAAUCAUGUUUUUUUGCACAGCAGGCUGUCUGUUGUCUUCCCCUUUCUCGUGUUCUGUGGUUCAGUUGCAUGUCUUGGUUGUGGGAAGUAGUGGAGGGAAUGCUGGGAGAUUUGAUUUCUGGGGUUUGGGGUGUUUGGGGAGGAUGACUUGAUUCUGUGUAUGCACAUUUGAAAAGCAUAGAAAGACUCCAAGGACAGACAGAUUGGUCAAUGAGCACAGUGCCUUCUGAAUGGCGGUGGCAUCGGAGAGUGGAGUUCCCUGGUGUGGAUGGGGAAGGUAGGCGGUUGAUUAGGGGGAGUGAUAGGUGGCUAUGGCAUAUCCCCUUUUCUCACUGAGGCCUGUUAAGAAAGGGAAGUGGUGGGGAGUUAGUGGUAAUUUGUGGCUGGGAGGAGAGUAUAUUAUAUUUUCCAGUCCACGUUCUAACUGGAAGAUGGGUGGUGGUGGGAAGUGAGAACAAAUUAGAUCUUGGACCUUAGGGUUUCAUUGUAAGAUCUAAAAGCUGUUGUUUUACCUUCCCAUCACAGGUGUCUGGGAGGGGAGAGACAACGAAAAAUCAGGAACACUAAUUGAGGGACAAAUCGUGAGGUCUUCACUCAGGGCUAUGGUGACCAGACAGCAAGUGUGAAAAAUCGGGACAGAGGGUGUGGUGUAAUAGGAGCCUAUAUAAGAAAAAGACCCCAAAAUAGGGACUGUCCUUAUAAAAUCAGGACUUCUGGUCACCCUACUCAGGGCCAAAUAGUGGCAUUUAACCACUGCCCUGGAAUUGGCAGGGUGUCUCCCUGCCCCAGCAGGCAGGGGGCCUGGAUAGGCUGCCCCAUCUUCUAGGAUACUUCAGCUUGCGGCCCCCAAUGUGCUCGGCCCAUGUUGCAAACCAGUGCAAAGGGUGAGGAGAACAGGCCCAGGCAUAGCUCUAUUGCUUCCCUUCCUGUGGGGCAACAUACACCUGCUGGGACACAGCAGAGGGACAGGCCCUGCACUCUCCUGCAAUUGCGAAUGCCCCUUGCACGACACACAGGGUAGGCUCCUUGUGUAAUCAUCCAUGUAAGGGCCACCCAUAAGCUGGCCCCCAGGAGUUUACUCAGGCAGAACUCUCAACGAAGCAAAUGGGCCAAGCCCUGAGUCCUCACUCAGUUUUUACCCAGUAUUUACUUGGACAAACUUGUCUCUGAAACCAUGGGAGACGUGCCUAAGUAAAAAAAUGAAUGAGGGCCUUGGAAUGUGCCCUAGAGUUAAUCACUUGAAACUAUGCCGAUACCAGUAAGCAUGGGUUGCACGUACUAAUGUGAACAUGAGACCAUCCCUUCUUCUUUCCCUAGCACAAAGAGCUGGGUUCACUGGAACUAGCUCAUGGACAAACUGGGCAGAAUUUUGGCUGGCCUGCUGGACUCAGAUCAAGUGAUCCCCUCUACACCCACCAGUUCUCGGCACACUCUCACUAGUUAGUUAUUGAGGACAUCAGAGGAUGUGUAGGGGGGAGAAAUAUGUGCUAAGGGAGGGUAAACGAGAAGGGAAAAGGGACGUUGGCAGCAGAGAGGAAAUCAUCUUUCCCAGGACUGGAGCGAGUUUCCACACAAGAAUACCUCCUAAUUCUGUUGGGAAACAUCAUGGGAUCCCUUUAUCUGCUGUAUAGGAUUCUGCUUUCAGGGAAGUAGGAGAGAAAAAUACAUGACCCUUGCCCCCUUGGCCAGGGCCACCCACUUUUGACAUAGUGCUUGAUACCAGUCCUUGAGCAAGUGAGAACUGUGGAUACCUUAUGAGGUUCCUUGCAGAUUUUCCACACUGGGAACUUUUCCACUGGCUUACCCUGGGGUCCAGAGCCUCUACCGUGCUUUUAGAUCCUUUGGGAUGAAAUGUGGGCAUUAUAGAGAUGUAAAGUUCAUAUCUUAUUUAAUUGCUUUAUGAAGAAAUGCUUUUUAAUCCCCUGGAUUUCUUGCACUAGGGAUCCCUUUCCCUUCCUAGUCACAGCUAUAUCAUUCUCCAGCUGUCAAACAAAUGUGGUCAGUCUCUGCACAACUUCCAGAUGCGAAUCACGACUGCUUUAUCAGUUUCCCCCUCUGAUCUUCCAGGAGACGGCCUGGUACUUGAUUAAGGGACUUAUCUCUCUCUCAGCACUGAGCCUGAGCCCUAGAUUAGGGGUAGAUGUAGUCACUGAAUGGUUAUACCAGUUUUCUUAACACUAAGGCCUCUACUUUGUAUUUUACCUGUGAAGAACAGCAUUACAUAAGAACGGCCCUAUGACAGAUGAACGGUCCAUCUAGCCCAGUAUCCUGUAUUCCAAC